AAUUAACCUAAUUUUUUUUUGUUAAUUGAAUUCACGAUACAUACAUAUGUUAAAAAGUAACACAAAUAUUAUGUUGGAACUAUACGUGUUCAAGACGUUGAAUGUGUGUAGUUAACAACGCGGAGAGGUUGCAAGUACAAGACUUUCUGAACGCUUGACUUUUUCGUGCCUCGAUUGCACGCCAAAACUCCCUCACGCGAUCCGCUCUUACUCUCUGUACGCCUCUAUAGUAAAGCGUCGUGUUGUCUCUGUGAUAAUCUUUUAUGUCUGUCUAUGUAACUUGUACUAACUAUAUAAAAGCCUUUUUCGACUGUAUUUUCAAUAAACAAAUAGACUUUUCAACAGAUUAUGAGACUUAGUGCACGUCGAGUCGAUAGGUGGUUAUUUCGAGGUUAGGAGAGAUAACAGACAGAAAGUUGUGUAUUGCUAAGAAGAUAUCGGUUCUCUAGCGAUAAGAAUCACAGAAAGAAACGAUGGCUGAUGAAAUUUUUAGUCGAGACAUUCGAGUGACAAAACUUUCGAAGACAACGUACAGCCGUUGGAAGAUUGAGAUUCGAGAUGCUCUCGAAAGUCAUCGGAUAUGGGAAAUCGCCAAUGGUAAUGUAAAUCAACCACAAGAAGUAAGUGAAGCAGGCGUUGUUAAAAAUAAAAAAGAAAUAGAGGAUUGGAAAGCCAAAGACAGUAAAGCGCGUUCGAUUAUUCGGUCAACGUUAGAUGAUACGACCUUCGACCAGGUAUGUGAUUGCGAAUCUUCAGAAAAUAUUUUGAAGAGAAUUAAAGCCGUCUAUGAGCCAAAACAUUAAAUGUUUUGUUAGAAUUGUU